CACCAACAUGGCGGACGGAGUUGAAAAAUCUUCAAAUCAAAAUUCUGAAACAAAAUCGUCUGAAUCUGCGCCACCAAGGGAAAAAACCCUUUAUGAAGAGACAGACAAGGAAGACUAUGGCUAUUACUUCUACCCCGACCGAAAAGGAGGUCAGGAAACAUCUACGUGGAGACAAAUUUUAGAAGGACGAGGAGCUGCAAGAAAACUGAAAUGUGAACGAAAUGUCAUGUGGUGCAUGGAUAAACAUCCUAUGGUUCGUCUUAUGGCAGGAGCCUUAAAAGCACAUGGAUGUCCAGUGAAUUUGAAGAGGCAUGUAUCAUGUGAAAAGUGCAAGUCAAAAGUAAAUGGAGGUUUUGACCCCAAAAAUAAUCAGGUUGUAGUAUGCCACAAUAACUCCACAGCUCUUGGUGUUUGCUGCAGUGUACUUGCCCAUGAACUGACUCAUGCGUUUGACCAGUGUAGAGCCAAGGCAAACUUUGAGGAUGUGAGACAUUUAGCAUGUACUGAGAUUCGAGCUGCCAACUUCAACCACUGUUCAUUUAGUGCUGCGUGGGCAGAGGGGGAUGCUGCAAUGUUUGGGGAGAGAUUGAAAGCAGCACAUCAGACAUGUGUCAAGAGGAAGGCUCUAUCAUCUGUAGUGCUAGUCAGAAAUAUCCCCGUAGAAGAAGCCUCAAAAAUAGUGGACAGUGUAUUUGAUAAAUGCUAUAAUGACUUAGAACCUGUUGGCAGAAUACCCAGGAAGGGCUCCAAGGACCCUGUUAGAGCUUUAAAUGAAGGAUAUAUGUAUGGAUACAGAAGUUGAUGAAGGCUGGAUUUAGCUGAAUUAAUUAGUCAUUUUGAAUUAGAUUGGUAUUGGAAUAGUUCCCCUGACACCAAACAUACAAAUUACACAGAUUAACAGAUGUUAUGAAUCAUAGAUUUUGAUUGGAUGGGAUGCUGCUUUAGAGUCAAGUUCUGAACUCGAACUGUAUCAAAUAAAGCCAGAUGUCAUUUCUGGGUCCAAAAUCUUGUCCAAACAUUAGAAAUUAGAAUUUCAGACAAGCAAACAAAACAAGUUCAAAUCAUUUGGUGAUUUGGUACAACACAGAUGGCUGUUUGAUGGAACAGAGGAAAUACAUUGUAGAUCAAACAAUUAUACCAGUUUGAAAUUAUGUUAAUAGUACAUGUUAUCUUUUUUAGGAUUCUGUUUAUACUGCAAGUUUACUUCUCCCAUGACAUGUAUCCCUUAGCCAGUAAUCAAUAUGGGGGUCAGUGAAAAAUCAACAUAAAAAGUCUUACAAAAACAAAAUUGUAAAUUGUAAAGUAAACAAAUAAAGUACACAAAUUCAAAUUAAGAUAUACACAAUAGUUUUUCAUUUAUUUUCUUAAAAGCAUAUGAAGUAGGCUAUAUUCUUUGUUAAAAUAUACAGCUGCAUUAUCUAGUUACUACAAAAUAUCCUGAUAUAAUUCAAUCAGAACAGCUGAAUUUGCAAAAAACAAACUUCAGGAUC